AUGCUGGUACUUUUUGAGACUGCAGCGGGCUACGCUUUAUUUCAAGUAUUAAAUGAAGGAAAAUUAGAAAAUCCAGAAGAAGUUUGGAAAGCAUUCGAUUCACCAGAAAAUGCUAGCGAGACAAAAUUUGAGAAUAUGGCGUCUGCUGUAUCUUCAAUAAACGAUGUAUUAGAAGGAAAAUUAUCUGAUGACUUGAGUAGUUUUUUAAAAGAAACGAUUAAUGAAACUUCAAUAAGGAAAGAAAAAUUAAUUGUAGCCGAUCCAAAACUUGGUACUAGCAUUAGUAAACAACUCGGAAUUCAAGUUCUAUCUGAAAAAAUUGUUGUCGAUCUAUAUCGUGGAAUUCGUCAAAAUCUUGACUCAUUGAUUACUGGAAUAGACUCUGAAGAUAUAUCUUCAAUGGCGUUGGGUCUUUCACAUUCUUUAUCUCGACAUAAACUUAAAUUUUCUCCAGAUAAAGUAGAUACCAUGAUUAUUCAAGCCAUAGGGUUACUUGAUGAUUUAGAUAAAGAAUUAAAUACUUAUGCUAUGAGAGUUAAAGAAUGGUAUGGUUUUCGUGCCAACGCUCAAGAAUGCGAUCUUUCUGAUGUACUUCCUGAAGAUCUGGAAAAAGAAGUUAAAGAAGCGGCAGAAAUAUCAAUGGGAACUGAAAUUUCUGAUGAAGAUAUUAAUAAUAUUAUAAUGGGUUGUGAUCAAGUAAUAGGUUUAACUGCUUACCGUACAGAACUUUAUGAUUACCUAAAAAGUCGCAUGCUGGCAAUUGCUCCUAAUUUAACUACUAUUGUUGGAGAGUUAGUGGGUGCUAGAUUGAUUUCACAUGCUGGAAGUUUAUUAAAUCUUGCAAAACAUCCAUCAAGUACAGUUCAAAUUUUGGGUGCUGAAAAAGCUCUGUUUAGAGCCUUAAAAACAAAAAAUGCUACUCCAAAAUAUGGUCUUAUAUAUCAUGCGAGCUUGGUUGGUCAAGCUACUCCUAAAAACAAAGGAAAGAUUGCACGUAUGGUUGCGUCAAAGUCUUCACUAGCUACUCGCUUUGAUGCUAUAGCUGAUGAAAAAGAUUUAAUGGCAGAAAUGGGUCAGAAUUAUCGUAAAAUGAUUGAAACACGAUUAAGAAUUUUAGAAAAAGGGGGUACUGGUGCAAUGAUUACUGAUAAAACUGAUAAACGAAAAAAACAAACAAAGUUUGAACUUAUUUCAACGAAGCCGCUAUAUAAUCCUUAUGCCGAUAUUGCAAAUGAACCUGUGGAAGCAGGGCCAUCCGGCACAAAAGCAUAUGAAUCUGAAGAUAGUGAUGACAGCGAGAUGGGUGACGAAUCUGAAGAUACAGACAAUGAACCUCAAUCUAAAUCUGAAGGAAAGAAACCAACUUUAAGUCAAAGUCAAGCAGAAAUGGAAAUUGAAACAAUUGAAGAACCCGUUUCAAGUAAAAAGAAAGAAAAGAAAAAGAAAGCUUCUGAAAAACAAACAUCAGAGGAAGCGAUGGAUAUUGAAACAACUGAGGAAUCUGUUUCAA